GCUGGCCCGAGGGCACGAAUGGAUGCUGCUAUUGACAGACUGACAGCGUGAAUGGGGGGCGGAGGUCUGAUGAGACAGUGGUCGUGGUGAUUGUCUGAUUUGAGUCGGGUGACUGACUGAGCAAGCUGUAUGUGGAGGUAAUCCACCUGGGGAGUCACGGCCUGCUUGGGGUUAAAAUGUGGUGACGGACUGACGGCGGUAAUUGGGGGUCUGACAGGACGGAGAAUCCCCCAGUGCAGCUGGCUGACAACGUGAUUGGCUGACAGCGUGACAGACAGACCGGCUUACGGGCAGGGCCUCCGGCAACCUCAGCUGCCGCCGCCGCCGCCUCCGCCUCCCAGACGCACUCUGGGAAAGCGCCGGCGAGCACCCGCCUUCUGGACCGAGCCGGGAGGCGGGGAGGGAUCCGGUCACGGCUCGCCGGUUGGUCCGCGCGGGCGCUGCUCGCGGCGCGGCGCGGCCAAUAGGCUGCGCGUUCUCGGCCACGCCCGCGCGAGCUCUCCUCUCGCGAGGCCGGUUAGGCCCGAAUGUAGUUAGCCGUGGGGAAAGAUGGCGGAAAAUUUAAAAGGCUGCAGUGUGUGUUGCAAGUCUUCUUGGAAUCAGCUACAGGACCUGUGCCGCCUGGCCAAACUCUCCUGCCCUGCCCUUGGCAUCUCCAAGAGGAAUCUCUAUGACUUUGAAGUCGAGUACCUGUGCGAUUACAAAAAGAUCCGCGAACAGGAGUAUUACCUGGUAAAAUGGCGUGGGUACCCAGACUCAGAGAGCACCUGGGAGCCACGGCAGAAUCUCAAGUGUGUGCGCAUUCUCAAGCAGUUUCACAAGGACUUGGAAAGGGAGCUGCUCCGGCGGCACCACCGGUCAAAGCCACCCCGGCACCUGGACCCAAGCCUGGCCAACUACCUGGUGCAGAAGGCCAAGCAGAGGCGGGCGCUCCGGCGCUGGGAGCAGGAGCUCAACGCCAAGCGCAGCCACCUGGGACGCAUCACCGUGGAGAACGAGGUGGACCUGGAUGGCCCCCCACGGGCCUUCGUGUACAUCAACGAGUACCGUGUCGGUGAGGGCAUCACCCUCAACCAGGUGGCUGUGGGCUGCGAGUGCCAAGACUGUUUGUGGGCACCUGCUGGAGGCUGUUGCCCUGGGGCGUCGCUGCACAAGUUUGCCUACAAUGACCAGGGCCAGGUGCGCCUGCGAGCCGGGCUGCCCAUCUACGAGUGCAACUCCCGCUGCCGCUGUGGCUAUGACUGCCCCAACCGCGUGGUACAGAAGGGCAUCCGCUAUGACCUUUGCAUCUUCCGCACGGAUGAUGGACGUGGCUGGGGUGUCCGCACGCUGGAGAAGAUCCGCAAGAACAGCUUCGUCAUGGAGUACGUGGGAGAGAUCAUUACCUCAGAGGAGGCAGAGCGGCGGGGCCAGAUCUACGACCGCCAGGGCGCCACCUACCUCUUCGACCUGGACUACGUGGAGGAUGUGUACACCGUGGACGCCGCCUAUUACGGCAACAUCUCCCAUUUUGUCAACCACAGUUGUGACCCCAACCUCCAGGUGUACAACGUCUUCAUAGACAACCUUGAUGAGCGGCUGCCCCGCAUUGCUUUCUUUGCCACAAGAACCAUCCGGGCAGGCGAGGAGCUUACCUUCGAUUACAACAUGCAAGUGGACCCCGUGGACAUGGAGAGCACCCGCAUGGACUCCAACUUUGGCCUGGCCGGGCUCCCCGGCUCCCCCAAGAAGCGGGUCCGUAUUGAAUGCAAGUGUGGGACUGAAUCCUGCCGCAAAUACCUCUUCUAGCCCUUUGAAGUCUGAGGCCAGACUGACCAUGGGGGCCUAAAUAUGCGUACCCCACCCACCCACUGCUGCCCUCCUGUUGAGGAACGACUGCCAGGGCCUCCUGCCUGCCUCUGCCUGCCCCCACCUGCCCCAUGCUCGGCGCUGCGGGGCCAUGGGGAGGACAGACUACAGGAGUUCCCUCUCCCUGUCCCAGCCCCAUCCGUGGGUUGCACUUACCCCUGCCCACCUUCGGAAGUGAUUUUUCAGCACCAGGACUUUCUGCAGUUGGGAUUUCAUCGCCUAGCAAGGAGGUCCAAGGGCUGAGCCCCAGCCCAGACCCAGAAUAGAAAGACGUUUGUUUUUGCACCUGCUUCUGCCUGGAGCUUGAGGGGUCUGUUGCAGGCCCUAUCCCCACUACCCCAAGGGUGUGGGGAAGCGGCCCCAGGACAGGCUGAUACCAGAGCCCAGGGUUCCCAGCCCACUGUCUCCCCUACCACAGAAACGUUGUGCUAGUGAAAGAAAGGGGGUCUCCAAGGCUGGGGUCUGAGGCUGGUUCCUGCUUAUGCUUGCAUGCUCCUAGUGUUGGCCUAAGAGCCGUAGGGUCUCUUUUUCAGGGCUGUGCGUCUGAGAAGUGGACACCCACAUGCCACUGGAAGGACAGUGGAUGCCCAUGGCCUGUUGGCCAGUGAAAGGCAGUCCAGACUUUCCCAGCCCUUAAGGUGGGCUGGGACUGAGCUUUGCCUUUGGGAGUACAUAGAAGGUGCCCAGGGCUCUCAGGAGCUCAAAGGGUGCUGGGAGCUCUAAACCUGGGGUGCGACGACUGCUGGGAGUACCCAGAGCUGGAACUGAGACCUGGCUAGGCUGUAGAUAGCACUUAGGACAUUGAUUGGGGCAUUGAUGGGGCAUUGAUGAGGUGCCAGGCACUGGGCAGAGCACCUGGUCCAUGUGGAUUGUCUCAGGGAAGCCUUGGAAACAAUGGAGGUGGAUCCCAGGAACGGGCCCAUGUGGCAGAAGGCAAAGCGCAGGCCAAGAAUGGGGGUGGGGCUGGCUUACCCACGAGGGUGUGGUGAGGCGAGGGGAGCCUCUGCUGCCUCCCAGCCCUGGCCCUUUGUGCUCACCUUGGGUCCACUGGUCUCAAAAGUUACCUGCCCACAAAUGUACAAAAGGUGAAGGCUCUGAUGGCUGCCUCGCCCCUUGCUUCCCCUGUGAGGUCUUCUCUAGGAAGCCUUCCCUGACUACCUGUGCGUAGUGUCCCUACGUGACAUUGUGUGCCCUGCCACCAGAUCUCUGUGUCCGUUUAUAUGUCCGUCUGUGUGUCCGUGCUCCCACCCCAGACUGACCUUCAGGCAUGGACUGAAUCUGAUUCUUCUCUUGUAUAUCCCUCAGCCCUACCCAGCCUGGGAUGGGCAUCAAUAAAACAAAUUAUUGACUGAACAAA